AUGGCACUCUCCCAACGUAUUCCAAUCCUCCUUUGCGGCAAGAUGUUGAGUACCGGCGUCCAAGUCACAGAACUCCUCAAACCCGAAUUUGAAGUAAUCCAAUUCAUAAACUCCUUCGACUACGCAAAAGCCGAAUUCGGAAACCUCCUCGCCGGCAAACCGCCGCAAACACCCAGCGCCAACGACGUCGGCACACACGACUACACCCAACCCUUGCGCGCCAUCAUGUUCGGCCGCGGAUACUCAUUCGAUCAAGUCAAUGAGCUUUACGACAUGUUUAAGGGCCAGGCGGGUAGGCCUAUUGCUUGGAUUGUGGGCGAUCCGGAGUUCAAGUUACCUUUGCCGUUGCCGCCGGAUUAUGCGGUCAUUGCGACGGAGAAUACGAAGAUGGGGUUUAGGAGGUGGGAAGAGGCUGGAGGUAAUAAGGAGGAGAUUGUUCUUUAUUAA